AUGGCAUCCUUAGACGCAUUCAACGCGAUCCCAGAUGACCCGAGCAGCCUACCUCUCGCGGGGCCGUCGGCCUUUGUCGGCCAGCCGCCCGCGACUCAGCAUGAUUAUUACAUCGUCAAGGGCCUAUUCCGUAUGAUCGGAAUGAACAGUGCGAACCCCAUGAUGGGUUACUUCCUCUCGGCAAAGCCUCCUCCGGACUACGUACACGAGACGAGACUACCCAGUGUUCUCACCGGCCUGAUCUUCGUUGUUUUGGCCAUCGUCGUCCCCACAGUUGGACGUGUCAUACUUAGGUUGCGGAUAGGCUCAAGCAUGCAGUUUGGGUGGGAUGACUGGAUUAUCAUCGUAGCGGCACUCCUCGCUCUUGUAUAUCCCGUCACUCAGAUCACGUCUCUUGCAGUCGGCGCCGCCGCUGUGCACACAUGGGAGGUCACGUACGAGAAAUAUAACUUUGGCAUGGUCGUCGCUAUGACAUGCAAGACGACGUUCUAUGUCGCCGUCGGGAUGAUCAAGCUUUCCAUAGCCAUUUUCAUUCGCCGGAUGGCAGACCGAAUCAACAAGUGGUGGCAGAUAUUCUGCGACAUCUUCAUGGCCUCAUUGGUUAUGUUCGUGUUGUUGGCGAUCUUCUACAACAUCUUUGCUUGCAAUCCGCCGGCUAUUCAAUGGGACUUGGCUAUGCGCGGACGUCUUGAGCCAAUUCCAACUUGCAUAGAUCUUGGCGUUCAGUCCAAAGUUCUCAGCGGUAUUCAUGUGGCACAAGGAAUCACCCUUUUGUUGACUCCCAUCAUCAUCCUAUGGAAGGUUCGCAUUCAAAGAGCGAAGAAGAUUCGUCUCUUCGCAAUCUGGAUCGUUGGCGGCGUGACAGUUCUUGGGGGACUACUGCGACAGAUCCGACCUACGAUGACGAACGACUUCACUUGGGAUUAUGUUGAAGUGUUGGUGUGGACUUGCUUGGACUUAUCGCUGGGCAUUCUCACUGCUUCGCUACCAGUGCUCGAUGGGUUGCUGGAAAAGUACUGGCUCAAGGCCAAGAGCAGCAUGGCCAAUUCCUACGACAACGGACAGUCUCAUGGGGUGACCGACAACGGAACAUGGCAGUACAGCAAAACUUCGGAUACGGGAACACAGAAGAGCCACCAGCAUGUCAAGAAAUCUUCAAUAUCCAUUAUCACACAGAUGAUGGAUCGGUCCGAGUCGAGCGAGAGUAUCGUGCAGAAAGAUCAUCUGCGUGAUACUAACAGCGAAGGUGGGGGGCUCGAAAUGAAUAUCUUGCGCACCCAGGAAGUCGAAAGCACCCUCUCCACAGUGGCACAAUCGCCCCGAGUGGCAUCAACAGUCAAAUGGGUACAAAAUGAGAAGGGAUCGCUGAACAAAGACUGA